UUUUAAUAAGAUUCUCUGUUUGGAAAGAAAAGCCUGUAUCCACCCCAUUGUUUCUUUUCUAUCAUAAUAAUAAUAUCCCUUCUCUCUCCCUCUUAACGAUUAUAAAUACCGCAUUAGAUUUGUUCCAGAAUUAAUAUAAGGAAUUAAAAAUAAAUAAUUAUGAGUCGUCGGCUUAUUUUGUGUAUGCUUCUUGUUUGCAGUACUAGUGUGUUGUUCCAUUCAACAUGUGGUGGUCAGAAUCCAUCAUUAUCAAUGGUUUCUUUCGACCAAGGUUUCAACCCACUGUACGGAGAAGACAACGUCAUCCCCUACGACGACAACAAUUCGGUUCAAAUAUCCAUGGAUGAAAGAACAAGUUCUGGCUUCCAUUCAAAGCUAAUGUACUCGAAUGGUUACUUCCAAACAUCCUUAAAGUUGCCUGAAAACUACACAGCAGGCGUCGUUGUCACCUUCUACGCAUGCAACAGUCAAAAAUAUCCAUUCCACCGUGACGAAAUCGAUUUCGAGUUCUUGGGUCACAUUCAUGGCCAGAAGUGGUUGCUUCAAACAAAUUUCUACGGAAAUGGUAGUACAAACAGGGGAAGGGAAGAGAGAUACGAUUUGUGGUUCGAUCCGUCUGAGGAUUUCCAUAAUUAUGGGAUUUUGUGGACUCAAAAUAGAAUAACAUACUAUGUUGAUCAUGUCCCAAUUAGGCAUGUUAAGAGGGUUGAUUCCAUGGGUGGUGAUUUUCCAUCAAAGGAGAUGAGUUUGUAUGGUACUAUUUGGAACGGUUCUAAUUGGGCCACCGGUGGGGGGCGUCACAAAUUGGAUCUCACUUAUGGCCCUUUUGUCGCUAAGUAUUCUGGUUUCGUGCUAAGUGGUUGCCCAUUUAACCAUGACACCCAAACCAUAACUAUAAGUGGGUGCAAUAAUUCGAAUUUGGAUGAUUUGACCCGGGAAGAAACAGCCGAGUUGCAUAUUUUCAGGAGGAAGUGGAUCACUUAUUCCUACUGUUAUGACUUCAAACGUUAUGCUGUUCCUUUGCCCGAGUGCGUUUUUAAUUCCGACGAAUUCCGACAUCUUCAACAUUUUGAUCCAUGGACAUUUGGGUCCGGAAAGUGAUAAUUGUAAUUUCAAGCUUUCUAAUAUAUAUGAUGAUGAGUUUUGCUGCUAAAACUCCCGCUCCAAGAACAAAAUAAUAGUGAUUAAGUUGUUAAUUAUACAUGAACUAGUAUUU